AUGUCGGGUUUCCCAAAUGUGCUUGGAUCAAUCGAUGGAACACAUGUUCAGCUCAUCCCUCCAUCUGAAACAGAGCAUGUGUUCCGCAACAGGAAGCACACACACUCCAUUAACGUCCAGGUAGUUUGCGACUCCACAACCCUGAUUACCAACGUUGUGGCUAAAUACCCAGGCUCUGUUCAUGAUGCAUUCAUUUUUCGGAAUUGCUCACUUUUCCAGAGAAUGAGGGAUGGUCAAUACGGUGAUGGUUGGCUUUUAGGUGACCGUGCUUACCCGUUACAUCCCUGGAUCAUGACACCAGUACAAAACCCGAGGUCACUGGCAGAGGAGCGCUACAAUCAGGCCCACUGCAGUACAAGAAACGUGAUUGAGCGGACAUUUGGUUUGUUAAAAAGCCAUUUUCGUGUGCUAGACCGAACCGGAGGAGCACUUCUUUACAGCCCAGAAAAGGUGUGCCAAAUUGUUGUUGCAUGUUGCAUGCUUCACAACAUUGCAGUGCGCGCUGGUAUGCCCGUGGAGGCAAUUGAGGAGCUGAUGGCUGAAGAUGAAGACCCUGGUCAAAACCCCGAACCCGUGCAGACUGGGGAUGGACGACAGACACGGGAUCUCUUAAUAAGAACCUAUUUUUCCUGA